AUGGAGACCAACGAGUCUACCGAGGAAUCGCGGUCGCGAUCUUUAGACGUACAGCCCAGCUCCGAAGGACUGGGGUCCUCUUCGGAACCGUUUCCUUCUUCGGAUGGCGGUCCUAGAUCUGCCCUGGCAGCCGCCACCGCAGCAGCUGCAGCGGCUGCAUCAGCUGCAGCGGCUGCAUCAGCUGCUGCAGCCUCUGCAGCCGCCACCACCGCCAAAGCAGCUGCAUUAUCUACAAAGACCCCAGCACCCUAUUCUGAGUUCACGGAGCCCUCUUCUGACCUCAGUCUUCCUGGGGCGUCCUGCACUGGACCCAGCUUUACUCACAAAAUAGGCCAUGAGAGUCUUGGCUUUGAUCCUGUCUGUGUUUCCUUUAUUGCUGGGGAUCCCCAUAUUACAAAUGACCUUAGUUCUAGCACUGGCCCUCUUCCUGGCUCCAGCUCUGGUCCUGUUCCUGGCUCCAGCUCUGGUCCUGUUCCUGGCUCCAGCUCUGGUCCUGUUCCUGGCUCCAGCUCUGGUCCUGUUCCUGGCUCCAGCUCUGGCCCUCUUCCUGGCUCCAGCUCUGGCCCUCUUCCUGGCUCUGGUCGAGGCUCCAGUCCUGCCUCUGGGCCUGAUCCAGGCUCUAGCCCUAGCCCUGAGCUCAGCCCCCAAACUCCUACAAGGUUCAGAAAGCUUGGGGCAGAUCUGGUCCCUAAUUAUACCUCCUUCCACUGGGAGCCUCAGAAACAACCACCCUGGGAAUUUUUGCAAAUCUCAGAACCUGGUACCCGAGGACUAAGGAAGCCCUCAAAGGUUGAAAAGAAGUCUGAGGUUCUCUAUAAAACAUUGCCUCGGGGCCAGUGCCUCCUCUACAACUGGGAGGAAGAGAGAGCCACCAAUCACCUGGAUCGAGUCCCAUGCAUACAAGAUGGCUCUGAGAGUUUCUUCUUCCGACAUGGACACCAGGGACUGCUGACCAUGCAACUGCAGUCAUCCAUGCCUGCCAGCACCACCCAAAAAGACUCAUACCAGCCCCCAAGAAACCCCUGUCAGCCACUUCGAGGGAAGCGUGAAGCCAUGCUGGAGAUGCUCUUGCACCACCAGAUCUGUAAAGAGGUGCAAGCAGAGCAGGAACCCACAAGGAAGCUCUGUGAGGUCAAGUCUGUGACACACCAUGACUACCGAAUGGAGCUGGUACAAGAAGGACCUCCUGCCCCAACAAAGCCUCAUGACUACCAUCAGGAGCAGCCUGAAACCUUCUGGAUACAGAGGGCACCACAGCUACCGGGUGUCAGUAACAUCAGGACACUGGACACACCAUUCCGGAAGAACUGCAGCUUCUCAACGCCAGUGCCCUUGUCUCUGGGGCAGCCUUUGCCCUAUGAACCUGAGAAUUACCCCCACCGAUGGGGAGAAAUAUCUUCCCUUGCCUGCCAGGGAGGAGGGCAGGAUGGUGGAGGGGGUUAA